AUGCAUUACACAUGGCAAAGCUGCUGCCCAGUGCUGGAUGCAAGUGCUGGACACGUUUUGUCCCUUUGUUUGUUGGCAAGGACUGUGGAAGUUGACCAAGCUGCCACUCACUCUGCGCAACGUUAUCCCCUUUUCGCUCGCCCAGAGCUUUGCGCCUUCUUGUGUAGUUCCAUUUUUCAGGUGCUGAAGCCUGCAUCCGACUGGGACAUCGCUGUGAGUGCAGGCAGCAUGUCUGCUUUGGACCACACGGUGGCUAUGUUUCUGAAUCCUGGUGAUACCAUUUUAAUGGAAGAGUUCACCUUUCUCGCAAUGGUCGAUGCUUGUAUGGCCGCUGGAUUGCAUAUGGUGCCUGUGAAAUGCGAUGAUGAUGGGAUAUUGCCAUCAGAACUUGCCAAAGUCAUUGCAGGCGCAGCUCAUGAUGUGAUCAUCGUCGAAGACGAUGCGUUGCUCGGCGGCUGUUUGGGCUCAAAGCUAAAGGUUUCACUGACAGCGGAGGACGUCUCGCGCCACUUCCGGAGAUAUGGGCAGCCGUACUACUAUUUGCAGCACAACUCGCACGACGAAAAGGCAGAUGAGGAGGUCUCUGCAGUGGCUGGACUGGAGCUUGGUCCAAGCUUUAUCUCCAUUGACCAGAAAGGGCUGGUGUUUCGCUUGGACACCGUCUCCAAGAUGCUGUCGCCUGGGUUUCGCUUGGGUUGGGUCACCGGCCCCAAGCAUUUCAUCAAGGCCUUUGAGCAGGUCUGUUACAUCAGCUGCCAGAUGGGUUGCUCAAUGUCCAUCGUUUGUUUGGGAAAGCUCCUGGCACAUUGGAACACGGAAGGCUUGGAGGCACAAAUGAAGCGCGUUCAGAUGUGUCUUCGACUGCGGUGCCGCUCUUUGCUUCGUGCCUGUGAGGCUGUUCAAUUACGCGCUCCGUCAAUGGAUUUGCAGACCUUUAAAAUAGAAGUUAAUUGGAAAUACAAUGAACUACAUCAUUGGAUUUGGACGGUUUCCUUGUGUUAA